CUUACUCUUAUCGACUCAGCUCUUACAACCUCUCAACAGUACCUCGACCUGAAGUUCGUUUAGAUUCGUAUUUUUUGAUCGAGGACUUCACGCUAUCAUGUCUUUCGGCCGUCCACCAACAAUAGGAGACACCUUCAAGCUCACGCCGCCUCAGCGGGGCUCGUUUCCUCUCGACCACGAUGGUGAAUGCAAAGAAGUGAUGAAAGCAUACCUCAAGUGCUUGAAAGAGAAUGCGAGCAACAAUGGGAAAUGUCGAGCGUUGUCGAAAGAUUACCUCGAGUGCAGGAUGAGCAAUAAUCUGAUGGAAAGAGACGAUUUCCACAACCUCGGCUUGGGCAACAUUGGGCCAGGGGGUACCGCGACUCCGUCCUCAAGUCCGCUUGCAAAUGCCGGCGCAGCAACAACAAAUACACAGACACCGUCGUCUUCAUCCACGGCUACAUCGAGGGGAAGCCUACGAUGAUCUUCCCCAACACACCCCAAUCUUAGCAUAUCUCAUUGUAUCCACUACCCACGCCACCACUUUCACUUGAUCUGCAGGCAGCCAGCAGCCGAGCACCUUUGCUUUCCAUCUAUCGCACAUAUAAAAUGUCUCAAGUUGUUUCGCUCAAGGUCCAGCGCGAUCGUUGAGCAAAGGAGCAAGACGUUCUGCCUCGGACGAGCCCGCCUCACCUGAUGUUCGAGGUGAUCACCGAUGUUGCGAUGCAAGUGAAACAUCACGCAAAAUACAUAUUAUGACAUG